GCCGGUGGCCGCAGGACUGGAGCCCACACAGCCGAUCGGCUUCCUGCAGCUCUUCCGCUUCUCCACCUGCGGGGAGAUCGCGUGGCUCUUCUUUGGGUUCCUCAUGUGCUGCGUCAAGGCGUUGACCCUGCCCGCAGUGGUCAUCAUUUACAGCGAGUUCACAGCACCCUCUCCGCUGCCACGAACAUCACCACGCUGUCGUUUCCCUUCACGAUGGCCAACAGCAGCGGCGGCGGGUACACCAUUCCCACGGGGACCCUGAGCAUCCUUCCCAUCGCGGCGAACGCCCAGCUGCCGAACAUCACGACAACGACCAGUGGCUACGAGCCCAAUGACGUCAUCACCACGAUCCCCGUCUCGCUCUCCAUUCAGCGCUUCCCCUCGUCCCUGUCCAUCGUGGACCUGGCCCAGGAGCAGGACGGCUACAGCAACAGUGGCUCCAGCAACGGCAUGACCGUGGGGCCGGGUGCGGGCGGCGGCGGCGGCAUCACCACCACGGCCCUCCUGUCCGUGAAGCCCCUUAACAGCAGCGGCAACGGCAACAUUUCGCGGAACAACAGCUUCAGUCUGAGCUUCAACCUGCAGAAACCCACAGUGCGCUCCUCGGUGCGUUCGGCAGGAGCCCCCACAGUGGAUACAGUGGACAACUCUUCAUCCGGUGGCACGAUCGCCCUGCCCCAGAGCGGCGCCACGGCAACGGCAACGGCCACGAGUGCUACCUCAACCCUCGCCAAACACAGUCCCGAGGCCAAGACAGGAGAGGUCUAUGUCUGAGCGGAGGAACAGGACACCUAUUCCGACCCAUCCACUGGAUUAUAGCUUUCGUCGUAGGUUUAAGCACCCCCUUCCAGAACCACUGAUACGAUAUUAUCAUCUAGGAAAGAGAACAAAACAAGAGUAAUCCUCUCUUCGGAUUGUACAUACAUAUGCACACAUCAAUAUACAUACAUAUAUAGCCCACAGACGAUAUCGUAUCGUAAUGGAUCGUAUCGUACGGCACACGCGAGUCUUUCUCGAUAGUUGGGCGAAUAAAUUACGAAUAAAAUCUUUACCAAGAGAAUCUCCAUUAUAUUACCCGUGCAAACAUUGGACCGUGUAAAUACUUUGGAACCCUCCCCCUCCCCCUCUCCACAAAAA